CCGAUGUUUAACCGUUAACUUGGAUGGUCAAAUGUGUUGACUAACGGUCAACGCGCCACAUCAUCACCUAGUCAGCACAGAACACUUAAAAAAUUGAUUUUUUCCACCUAUUACCAUUUAUCUCUUUUAUUGUUUUUUCUUUUCUUUUUAUAUUUAUUUUUAACUUAAUUGAAAUAAUGAGAUUAUGUGGCUUUUUUGAAAAUUUUAACAUUUUUAUGUUGACUGGGCGGUGAUGUGGCGCCUUGACCGUUAGUCAACCCGUUUGACCGUCCAAGUUAACCGUCAAACGUCGGGUUUAAUCAAUUUAGUUACUUUGAUGUAUAAUUUGAGCCAGGAUGUUAUAGAUAAAAAAUAUAUACGUUAAUUUUUAUUUUGAUCAAAGUUCAUGUCAUACAAAUAUAUUAACCUUAUUAUUCAAAAGCAAAACGACGUGGGGAAAACUAUAUAAUAAAAUCUGCAAGGGAUCAAAGGGACAGAGAAGGCUCUCUGCUGUGCUAUUCUUCUGCUGUUUGCUCAGCGCGAUUCCCAACUGCCAACCGCCGGAGAAUCUCUUCUCACUCACUCCACAGUUCUAUCUUCCGCCACCGUCUCUGUUGCCGGGAAGCCGGAGGAACGGGGAAACGGAGAAAACUCAAAACUUCCAUCACUAGGCCGUUUGAUAGAUCUUUUUUCCUUUGGUUAUUGCAGACUACCGUGAAUCCCGCACUUCUCCUCCGUACUUUCCCUCUCUCUGUUUUCCCUUCCUUUCUCUUCUCCCAAACACCAAAACGGAGUAAUUUCGCGGUAAUCCGAAAUUUCGGCUUCUCUCUCUGUUUUCGCGUUUAUUUCCAUUUGUGAGAAUUUUCUUUUCCCUCUUCUGUUUUCAGAUUGCUUCUCACCAUCUCCCUCCUCUCUGUGUCCCGAAUCCUUGCUACAUUGUUUCCUUCUAGCAUUUCUCUAUCUGCAUAUCUUCUAGGGUUCUGAAUCAGGCGUGGAGUUCUUUCCAAUGCCGUUUCUCUCUCUGUCCUGCACAGCCUGAUUCUAAUUCCUCAAUCUCUUUUUCUUUCCUUGUCUUGUGAAUCUGGUGGUUUGCUUAUUAUUAAUUUUUCUUUCUGGAGUUUUUUUUUCUACUUGUAUUUCUCUGAGAAUUUGCGAGGGAAAAGGUUGUAGUAUGAUUCUGAUAGAAGUUUGAAAUCACGAAUUAACCGGCGAAAUGGAUUCAGCGAGGAGCUGGUUUCACAAGUUUCAGCCUCGGGACAAAAUGAGGUCCACCACGAGGCGGAAGGAGCCCGGUGAGGGCGGCGGUGGCGACAGCAGAGAUGAUUUCCCUAGGGACGACGAUGAAGCUCUCUCCAACACCACUAAGCAGAAAGUUGCCGCCGCCAAGCAGUACAUUGAGAACCAUUACAAGGAGCAGAUGAAGAAUCUCCAGGAGCGCAAGGAGCGUCGGAACUUGUUGGAGAGGAAAUUGGCUGAUGCUGAUGUAUCAGAGGAGGAUCAGAAUAACCUGCUGAAAUUCUUGGAGCAGAAGGAAACUGAAUACAUGCGCCUUCAAAGGCAUAAAAUGGGCGUCGAAGACUUUGAACUUUUGACAAUGAUUGGCAAAGGCGCGUUUGGAGAGGUUAGAGUCUGCAGGGAAAAGACAACUGGCCAUGUUUUUGCUAUGAAAAAGCUCAAGAAAUCAGAGAUGCUCCGUAGAGGCCAGGUUGAACAUGUGAAAGCUGAAAGAAAUCUGCUUGCAGAGGUUGACAGCAACUGUAUUGUCAAAUUAUACUGCUCUUUCCAAGACGAGGAGUUUCUUUACCUUAUUAUGGAAUAUUUGCCUGGUGGAGACAUGAUGACGUUGCUUAUGAGAAAAGACACCCUGACAGAAUAUGAAGCUCAAUUUUAUGUUGCGGAAACUGUUUUGGCUAUUGAGUCUAUUCACAGGCAUAAUUACAUCCAUAGGGAUAUCAAGCCUGAUAACUUACUUCUUGAUAGACAUGGUCACUUGAGACUGUCCGAUUUUGGUCUAUGUAAACCACUAGACUGUAGUACCAUCCAGGAAGGAGAUUUUUCAGUGGUCAACAACCCUAAUGGGGCUACACAAAAUGAGGACCGCUCAGCAGCUCCAAAGCGCACUCAGCAAGAGCAAUUACAGCAUUGGCAGAAGAAUCGGAGGACCCUGGCUUAUUCCACUGUAGGCACACCUGACUACAUCGCUCCAGAAGUGCUUUUGAAGAAAGGGUAUGGAAUGGAAUGUGACUGGUGGUCACUUGGAGCAAUCAUGUACGAAAUGCUUGUGGGUUAUCCACCCUUUUAUUCGGAUGAUCCGAUGUCAACAUGUAGGAAGAUAGUAAACUGGAAAACCCAUUUGAAAUUUCCGGAAGAAGCAAAAUUAUCUCCAGAGGCAAAGGACCUCAUCAGCAAACUCUUGUGCAAUGUCAACCAGAGAUUAGGAACAAAUGGUGCAGAUGAAAUAAAGGAACAUCCAUUCUUCAACGGAGUUGACUGGAAUAAUAUUUACCACAUGGAAGCUGCCUUUACCCCGGAGGUCAAUGAUGAGCUGGACACACAAAACUUUGAAAAGUUUGAGGAGUCGGAGCACCAUCCCCAAACAUCGUCGAAAACUGGUCCAUGGAGAAAGAUGCUUUCCUCCAAGGACCUAAAUUUUGUGGGAUACACUUACAAAAACUUCGAAAUUGUGAAUGAUUAUCAAGUACCCGGAAUGGCUGAACUGAAAAAGAAAGAUACAAAGCCAAAGAGGCCGUCUGUGAAGUCGCUUUUUGAAGGAGAGUCAGAAACGUCAGAAUCAUCAGAAACAACCACGAGCGAUCAACCACCGGCUCAGGGGAGCUUUCUGAACAUGUUGCCUCCAGAACUGGAAGUUACUCCGAAACAGCAUGAUGCUGUUUAAUCCAGGCUCCCUUCUGCUGACCUUACAGACUGCAUUGCCUUAUGACUUAUAACUCGUUUUUUCGGCACUCCCACUCCCUUCGAGCAAUCAACCAAUCCGGGUUGGUAGCGAAGACAUUAGACAUUCAUUUGACGCCUCUCCAACCAAGCCUGCUGCGUCUGUUGCUCCAACUUCUGUGAGUUGCCUGUUGGAAAGUCCUUGGUUUCUGGCGGAAGUAGUUGAGCUUGUAAAGUUUAUGGACCCUGCCUGGAUACGAGGACUAUAGCACAAAGUUCCUUCCCAAGAAUUGCAGAAGUCUCAGUAGAAUACUUGUAACACUAGCUACGAUCAACCCUGCUAUGCAGAAUCACUCUAAAUUUAAUUUUUCGUUUUCACCCUCCUCGUUAGCUUGACUUCUUGUGUAGAAAAGAAUAAAAUAAAGGGUUAUCUCUUUCAUUGCCAGUUAAUUUGUCAAGAUGUAAAUGAAUAAUCUGUUGCUUCUUUCUGGUAUAGUCAGUCGUUUGAAUGUUUCAAUCUUGCGAAGUCAAAAAGGGACACCAUUUUCCUUUGCUUCUUCCUUGUUUCGUUACCCUUUUUCCAAGUGCCAGAUUUUGGGCUCCUUUACUUCAUGGAUAUGGAAUUUGGUGGUGAAUGUAAGUUUCAAAUUCAAUCCACUUUGAACUUGUCUGAAAGUUUUGUUAGUUAUAAUUUUAGGAGAGUAAAAUUUGUGGGUUUCACGAAGUUCAAAUCUGCGGAAACCAUGGACUUGCAAAUUCCAUGAUUAGAAGUGGGGAACGGCUACGGUGCUAAUUGUACAAUAGUUAGCACCGUCAUAACCAAGGGAAAAACUACUACUAGUUUGAAUUAGUAGUGAUUUCGUUAUUUUUAGUAGCGUUUUUUGCUAGUUAUCACGGUGCUAACCCUUAUAAGGGUUAGCACCUAAUGCUAUCCCAAGGAACACAUGAGGGUCAACAAUGCAAAAUUUUAGUAUUUUAACUAAGAAAGGAGUUACAAAAUUAUUAACGAUAACGUAAAAAUGACUAAUCUUUUGAUGCAGUACGAAAGAUUUGGUUAAUUGAUAGCAUUUUAAUAGGUUUGGAUAAUAAAAAAGAAUUUGAAAA